UUACUUCUAAAUAUAGGAUUACCUUGUGUUCUUUCUCCCUUCGGAACCCUCUCUCUGCCAUGUUCAUCUCCCAUUUCGUUUGAGGGCAUUCUGGUAAAUCUGGAACGCCAAAUCUCACAGCUACAUCUAUGCCUCUGUUCACUUCUCAUUGGCUGCACCUCCUCACAAACUAAAUCCAAUGCUAUUUUAUAAUCCUUUCUCUUGAACCUUCCCCCAUCUCCUCCACCAUAAAUCCUACCCUCCCCAAACACACACACACCAACCAAGAGGAAAAAAGAGGAUUCCAGAAGUUGGUGUGAUCUGAUGAGAGUGCUUGGAGCUUAGAAGAUAAUCCAAGGAUUUUUUUUCCGGUAACAGGAACACACGUGUGAAUUAGAAGUGAAGAGGUUAAUGGAAUCAGAUCUUCAGCAGCACCCUCCGAUGUUUUUGGAUCAUCACCAGCAGCAGAUGAAUUCAGGGUUGACACGGUACCGAUCGGCUCCAAGUUCGUAUUUUUCGAGCAUCAUUGACCGUGAGUUCUACGAGCACGUUUUCAAUCGCCCCUCAAGCCCCGAAACAGAGCGAAUGUUGACGCGGUUUGUGAAUAGUCUCGGUGGGGGUGAUGCUGAUGCUGAUGCAGAGGAUUCACUUGCUACUCAGAAUCCCCCAACUGUUGUUGCAGUUAAAGAAGAGGUUAAUGUUAAUCCUCAACCACAGGAUGUGCCAUCCAUGAGUAACGAACCCCGUGUUCUCCAACAGCAACAACAAAGUAAUAUCAAUAGUUAUGGAUCUUCUGCUCCUCACAGUUUUUACCAAAACACUGGACGGCCACCUUUGCCAAACCAGAUGAAGACUGGUCGUGGAAGCAGUUCCAGUCUCAUCAGGCAUGGUAGCUCACCUGCUGGAUUGUUUUCAAACAUUAAUAUUGAAACUGGCUAUGCUGCUGUGAGAGGCAUGGGAACUAUGGGAGCGGUUAGUAACACUAGCGAGGAAGCAAACUUUUCUCCUGCAACGGGGAUGAAGAAUGCACCAAACUACGCUUCGGGAUUAAUGUCAUCAAGAGCUGAAAUUGGAAACACGAGCAAUGCACAGAACAAUGCAGAAAAUGAAGGGUUUGCUGAAAGCCAGGGUAACGAAUUUAUCCCCGGUUUCCCUGUAGGUGCAUGGGAUGAUUCUACAAUCAUGUCUGACAAUAUGACUGGUCUAAAGAGAUUUAGAGAGGAGGAUGUAAAACCAUUUUCUGGUUUAAAUGCAGCUGAAAAUCAGAAUGAAACAGGAGGCCAGCCUUCUUCUGCUUUGGCUCAUCAGUUGAGUUUGCCAAAUACUUCGGCAGAAAUGGCAGCUAUUGAGAAGUUUCUUCAGCUCUCAGAUUCGGUUCCUUGCAAAAUUCGUGCCAAGAGGGGUUGUGCCACUCACCCAAGAAGCAUUGCAGAAAGGGUUAGAAGAACUAAAAUUAGUGAGCGAAUGAGGAAACUACAAGAUCUCGUCCCGAACAUGGAUAAGCAAACAAACACGGCAGACAUGUUGGACUUGGCUGUUGAGUACAUUAAAGACCUUCAAAAGCAAGUUCAGACUCUUUCAGAGAAUCGCGCGAAGUGUACGUGUGCACAGAAGCAGCAGCAAUAACGGAAAAGGAGGAAGAUAGCCGCGUUAUUCCGUGUACAGCUUAGUAAUAAUUUGGUCUAGAAACUAGAGAAGAAGCUUUCCGAUAAUUAUGUAGCCACAUAUUCAGCGGUUGUUUGGGAGUGGUGGGAAAAUCCGCUUAUAAAAGUUGACUUUAUGAUCGAAAUUUGAUGCAACAUAUUCAAAGCAUGGUGUACAAAGUUUUCUGAUAUAAGUCCAUGCCUUUACUCUUAGGGGGCCCUCAUUUUGGGGGACGGAGGAUCGAUGAUGGGGUUGGGUGAAAAUUUCAUUUUUGCAUCAAUAACGUUAAAAGGGAUGUUAUGUAUGGGUUUGGUUUGGUUUGGUUUCACAUUGAAUGACAUGGGAAACAUGGGGGACCGAAGCCGACAUAUUUUUUGUUGGUUAUAUAUACUUGUAUGAGUAGUGUGUGUUUUACUUUAUUGUUAUUCUUAUUAUUACCAAUAAUUUUGCCCUUCCUUUUCUCAUGAA